UUUUUCAUUAAAAAGAGAGCAUUCGUCAAUAGAAACGUAAAACUUAAAAUCCAAUAAUCCAACAUGCCUUGCGAUGGAAAAAAUAAGUCUUGCGAGCAAAGGCGCGAGUUAUUACAUCAAUUGAAAUGCAUCAUCAGCACAAUGGAACGGAAGAAGCCGUGCGAGUGGGACGAGAUGCCGUGCGAGGCACCGAAACCGGCCCAAUGCCAAGCCGUGACCUGCUACAGUCCGUCAAUUUGUCAGCCGAAGGUUUGCAAACCCAUGUGCAAACCAGGUUGCCCACCGCCCGCCUGUCCACCACCCUCCGAGCCUGUAUUUCGUUUCACGUGCGAUCCACUGUGCACACCGCCGUGCAAGCCAAUAUGUCAGCCGCCCGGCUUGAAGGGAAUGUUGUGCGUGCCCCCCUGUAAGCCGCAUUGUCCACCGCCGUGUCCGAUAAUGUGUUCAGUGCCGGUCUGUCCAUCGCUGUGUCCAGCACCGUGUCCAGUACCAUGCAAGCCAAGUUGCCCACCGCCUUGUCCAGUCCCGUGCAAACCAAUUUGCCUGCCACCUUGUCCACCGCCAUGCCCACCGCCAUGUCCGAUUAUGUGUUCAGUAUCGUGCAAACCAAUGUGUCCACCACCUUGUCCACCACCUUGUCCACCACCUUGUCCAUCCCCAUGUCCGAUUAUAUGCCCAAUGCCAUGUAAACCAAUUUGUCCACCACCUUGUCCACCACCUUGUCCAGUACCUUCUCCGCUACCUUGUCCACUACCGUGUCCACCACCGUGUUCGAUCAUGUGUCCGGUACCAUGCAAACCAGUUUGUCCACCGCCUUGUCCGCCACCUUCUCGAUCUCCUUGUCCAAUGACGUGUCAAGUCAUUUGUCCAGUAUCGUGUCCACCACCUCCGUGCCCGACAGUCUCCUGUAAACCAACGUCUUCGGCUUCAUCGAGCAAAUCAAAAAACCGAUCGCCCAAAUCGUGCUACUCCAUUUGUGUCCGUCCACCACCAUGCGCUCCGCUGAAGCCGUGUAAAAGUUAUGAGCUGCGCAAUAGUUUCUUGCACAAAUGCCAGUGCAUAAGAAGGGAUGGUUUGCAAGAUAAAUGCUUGAUGUCGGAUUGUAUGGGCUAUCCGGAAUGCAGAACGAAAUUGUUCCCAAUUUGCGGCCCCGGACAGUGCGCGUUAAUGAAACUGUGCUACAAGGGUGGAUCAUAAAAUAACUUUUUAAUUCCACUUUUAUAUUUAUAUUUAUGUG